UUAAUAAUCACGCUAAGUAUUGUAAUUAAAUUAUAUAAACUUAAAAUAACGAUGCAAGUAAAGCAAUGCAAACGCAAACGGGCGUUUUAAGUUUAGAAACAUUUUGAGUCACCCCUCCCUUGCCUCACAGUGGUUUGUCCACCGCGCACGUCACACUUGUCUGUGUGUGUGUAGAUUCUGUAGAAGUCCGGCGGCGCCGGCGGGAGAGAACAGAUGAGUUCCAGCAAAGACUAUAGAAUAAAAAAGGGAAAGGGACCUUGGUUCCUGUAAAUCGGCAAGGCUAUUUUAUUCAAAAACAUAGGAUGAAGUGAUUAUUUUCUCUUUAAUGCUGACGGUGCUGAGUAAUUAGUCAUAACAACAACAACAACAACAAAAAAAGAUGAUAACUGGUGAUUUUUUUCUAAUCCCUCAUUCAUCAGAGCAGCUACCAAGAGAAAUGGCUUAUUUAAGAAUGUGGAGAAAACGUAAAGCAGAUAUCAAUGAACUUCUCCUGUCUGAAAACGACAAUGCAGUGACAAUCAACAACGCAGUCAUGACAAAUGACAGAAAGGAAACAACCAAUGAUGAUGGUGGAAGCAAUACUGAUGACCACAGCACCAUUGUGACCACUGAUGGUUCAGACUUUGACACAGACAUUGGAAUGUGUGACUCAGAUGUGGAGAUUUUGAAUCCCGAACCAGAGGCCCAAGUUAGAAACCUAGGCAAUGACUUGCGAGAGUGGAGUACAAGACACCAAAUUACUAAUAGGUCCCUAAAUGAAUUAUUGCAAAUGCUAAGGGAUCAUGGACAUGUACUCCCCAAAGAUUCCCGCACAUUACUAGCCACCCCUCAAGUCAUUGACAGCCAUUCAAAAUGCAAUGGACAGUAUAUAUACAAUGGCUUGGAGGGCGGCAUUUCCUAUAUACUGUGUCAAAAUGAUGCUUUCAGGCAACAACACAGUACGGUCAGUUUAGAUGUCAACAUUGAUGGACUACCAAUCUUUAAAAGUAGCAAAAUCCAGUUCUGGCCAAUACUGGUGAAAUUUAACAAUUUCAAUCCAUUUAUUGUGGCAUUAUACUGUGGGGAAAGCAAGCCUGAGCCCCUUGAUGAUUAUCUCCAUGACUUUUUGGAGGAGUUCAAUAAUCUCCAACAGAAUGGCCUGGUGAUUCGUGGCAAAAAGUUUGCAGUAAAUAUUCAUACCUUUGUUUGUGAUGCACCGGCAAGAGCAUAUUUAAAAUGCAUUAAAGGUCAUACUGCAUAUGACAGUUGUGAGAGGUGCCAAGUGAAAGGCCAGUAUGUCGAAAGAAGAGUCGUCUUCAAUCAGUUGACAUCCAUCUUGCGCACAGAUGAAGCAUUUAGUCAGAUAGAGUAUUCCCGCCAUCAAAAUGGGUCUAGCCCUUUAAUAGCUGCUGGGAUUCCCUGUGUCAGUGCCUUUGUGUUAGACUAUAUGCAUACGAUUUGCUUGGGUGUUGUUAGGCGGCUGCUGGUGUAUCUGACUAGAGGCCCAAAACUGUGUAGGCUCUCUGUGAGACAGAAAAUUGAAAUAUCACAAAAACUGAACAUGCUACGAGGCCAUAUGCCCAGCGAGUUUGCGCGACAGCCCCGUGGCCUUCAGGAGUUGGACAGGUGGAAAGCCACAGAGUUCCGUCAGUUUCUUCUUUACACGGGACCCAUAGUACUCAAAAAUACUGUCUCUUCACAGCUGUAUGCUCAUUUUGUGACAUUGACCGUGGCAGUAUCCAUCAUGCUGGACUCGGAUGACGUGACAAGAGCUGCCUAUUUGGAUUUUUCUUCUGAACUGAUGAGGCACUUUGUGUCUAGCUGCCCUGCACUCUAUGGAAAAACAUUUGCUGUGUACAAUGUGCAUGCCCUGUUACACAUCCAUGAAGAUGUCUCUCGUUUCAAAUGCUCUUUAAAUGACAUAUGUUGCUUUCCAUAUGAGAAUUAUUUGCAGCAGAUCAAAAGAUUGGUCAGGACUGGCCAAAAUCCAUUAGCGCAGGUGUCCAAACGACUGGUCGAAAUUGAACAUGCCCAGGGGAAUUCCAGUGCACAGUCUAAGGCGAAGCCCAAAAUGUACAUUUCAACAAAAAUGAGAGACAGCUGCUUCCUUUUGAAAGAUGAGAGGUUUGCUUUUGUUCAAGAGAGGAGGGGAGAUGGGACGGUUGUUUGCGAUGUGAUAAAACAGAGACACACUGUCAAUCUGUUUGACAAACCAUGUCUGUCAAAGCUCUUGAACAUUGGUUACAUAGGGCAUAGCCGUAGAUUCAAAAGAAAAGAACUCAAGGAAGAAGACCUCAGUCGAAAAGUAGCCUGUCUACCUUACAACAAUGGCUCUGUCAUGAUUCCUCUGCGGCAUGGCAUUGAACAUUCAUGUUGAAGAUUGGCAAGUCAAAAAGUUAUGCUUUUUGUCAGAGCCGUUUGGAAUGAAAAUGGGAAGGAAAUGGAGGGGACCAUCCCUGAUGCCUGGGUUAAUGUAGCUGAGAAAACCCUUCGGUGGCCAAAGACAAGGGCAAAAUAUUGUUUUGAAAACCAU